AUGGUAAUCGCAGAACGCCUCUCCCGGGAAGCGGAGAAGCAGGGAUGGCUCCCCGAGGGGCAGAUGGGGAACCGCAGCGGCCGCUCCACGGAAUUCGCGAUCAGGGUGGUCACGGAUGCCGUACACGAGACCUGGCGGCAUAAGGCGAACGCAUCUCUCCUUCAACUAGACCUCAAAGGGGCCUUCGAUAGGGUACACCACGGAUGGCUCACAAGGACCCUUAGAGAACUGGGGGUCCCGCUGUGGACCCUUAGAUGGGUCGAUUCGUUCACCGCUGGGAGGUCGGCAAAACUCUGGUUCGAUGGGACGAUGUCCGAAAGGAGGCUCCUUGCCUUCGAGGAUCGGGUUAGGAUAUCAGAGGAGGCGAGGCUAAUCCGCCAGACCCCUGCCACAAUCGCUGCGAUCCUGCGGCGGAGGCGCAGAAGGGGGAGGGGAAGGACCUCGGCGGGAGAUAGACGAUAUAGCAACGGCACCAGCGGAAAAAGGCUCAGGAGAAUGGAAGAAGAGGAACCCGGGGCGGGCCCUCGAACCGGCCGAUGCGACCGCGCGGUUCGACGCCUCUAUCAUGAACCGACACCGGUCGAGGGACCCAGCUGGGAGCUAUCGAAGGCGAAGAGUACUCUCCUAGUGCAAGCGAGGACCGGGAAGAUUGGGCUUCGAGGGUUCCUCUUUACUAGGAGGGUCCCCGAGGUAGUAACGCCGGUAUGCCGCUGCGGUAUGGCGCGCGAGACAUUCGAACACCUCGUACUCGAAUGCAACGGAGCCGCAGAUAAACCUCAUCCCUGGCCAGACGACGGCGCAGAGCUACUGGAGUGGCUAGAUGACGUGGAGAAGGCUGCCAUAGUGGUGGGGUGGGUGCUUGGGCUGGGGAGGCUGAACGAGUUCCGGCUGGCGGUAGAGCUGGAAAAUGAGAACAACGAAGAGGCCCGCGGCGGGGCCGAAGCGGAGUAG